AUGUCCUCAUCGAGCUCAGCUCAUGAAAAAAUAACUGAUCAUUCGAACAAAGCUCAUGACAAAACUCAUGAUCAGAAUAAGCAUUUGACUGGGCACAGUGGAACAGCAAGUACAAGAAAUGCAAAAUUGGAAGCUCAUGAACAUACAACAACACGACGCAAACCGGAUGCCGAAAACCACAUCAAACAACAUGCUCCGACGAAUACUCAUACGAAAGAUGCUCAUCAAGUUCCUGGAGAUACACAAACGCAUGAUCUGGCAAAACCGGCUGAAGCCGCAACAGCAGAUAGCACUCAUUCUAAUGCUCUAGAACAUGCUCACACUGAUAAGCAUAGAAAUAAUGUUUCGCAUAGUCCACGACGUAAGCCAGAUGCUCAUGAUUCACAUAAGGAGGUACAUGCACAAGUGGAUAGUCAUGGGAAAAUAGACAGUUCCAGUCACGCGGAAUCACAUGGUAAACAUGCUUCGCAUAGCCCACAUCGCAAGCUGGAUACUCAUACUUCACAUAAAGAUGGACAUGAACACCCGGAUACGCAUGGAAAAACAGAAACAUCCGGUCACACGGAAUCACAUGGCAAACAUGGUUCGCAUAGUCCACAUCGAAAGCCGGAUUCUCAUGUUCCACAUAAAGAGGUACAUGAACACUUGGAUACGCAUGGAAAAGCAGAAACAUCAGGUCACACAGAUUCACAGAGUAAACAUGCUCCGCACAGUCUACAUCACAAGCCAGCUGGUCAUGAUUCACAUAAAGGCAAACAUGAACAUUCGGAUACGCAUGAUAAAACAGAAACGUCCGGUCACACAGAAUCACAUGGCAAACGGACUUCGCAUAGUCCACAUCGCACGCCCAAUGCUCAUGCUUUACACAAAAAUGUGCACGUAAAAAUAGCAACACAUGAACACUUAAACAAACAAAAAGAAAUUGCUCCCGAUAAAUCAGAAAAUGACAUGCAUGCUAUUGUUGAGCCUGAAAAGGCAGAAGUAAAUACGGCUGAACAGCCAGGUAGAGUAAAUUCUGAUUUUGUUUAUGACACGAUGCGAUAG